AUGUUUUCAACAAAACCUUCUGCGCCAGCCGUCGGUGGGCUAUCUAUCAACACAUCCACCGCUAAUUCUUUAUUCUCUAACACAGCUGCCUCCUCUGCAACACAACCUGCUACAGCGGGUUUGUUUGGAAAUCAACAGAAACCUGCCGGAAGCCUUUUUGGAAACCCGACAUCAGGAAACACACAGACAAGCGGCGGAGGAUUAUUUGGCGGACAAGGCGCAAACACGUCGAAUACUACACAACAAGGUGGCAUGGCAAGUGGAGGCUUGUUUGGCAGCUCGACGGCCACGUCGCAACCGGCCAGUGGAGGUUUAUUCGGAAGCACAGCAAAGCCUGCAACACCUGGUGGUGGAUUAUUCGGAAACACAAGCACGCAGCAGACAGGGACUACCGGUGGAGGUCUAUUCGGUGCUUCCAACACUCAGCAACAGAAUACGACUGGCGGAAGCAAUCUUUUCGGAGGAAACCAGGCAGCUACGACUCAAACGCAGACAAAAUCACUUUUUGGCGCGGCCCCAAGUACUGCCACAGGAACGAGUCUUUUUGGCAGCACUCAAAAUGUAGCGCAGCAGCAACAGCAACAGCAACAGCAAAAACCUACACUAUCCGUUUUCGGAUCUCAAAAUACCACCACCCAACAGCCACAAGCAGCAGCAGCAUCCCAAGGUACUGUCGUGCAAGGUGUCAGGGUAGAUGCUAGUAAUCUUCUGCCAACUACGAAAUUCGAGAGCUGCGCAGACGAGAUUAAACGUACGAUAGAACUGAUCGAUACAUAUAUUUUGAAUCAAAUCAGCAUGUGUAACGAUGUCGCCGGAAUUAUACCUACAGUCAUAUCUCAAGGUUCUACAAUCCCGAACGACGUUGAGUUUGUUGAAGGCAAGCUUGAAACUAUUCAACUAGCUCUGGAGAACGAUGCUCGCGAAAUCGACGCUGUUCGCAAUAUGGUGGCACGAAAUGCAGCAGAGGCUCAAGUCGGGUUCCGCGCAAUUGACAAUCUGAAACUGCCCUUGCAAUACCAAUCGACAGGCGGAGGCUGGUGGUCUGUUUCUGAGCAACAGCUAUCUGAGCGCCAGACACUACGGUCGUCCAUCAAGAACCGGAAGAGCACUCUUGCGUUACCUGACGGUGUUGAAGGCGAUCCAUCUACGUCUGGUUCAAUCAACGGCAUACCGACAAACCUCGUUGAAUACUUCUCUCACCGAUCGGAUGAAAUGUCCACCGUCCUUGAUGGCUACAGGAAGAACUUGAAAGAAAUUGAAGAUCACCUGCACGGUGUAGAAGGCUCACUCAACCGACAGAUCAAUGAAUUUCUUUCUUCUCGCAAUCGUGACGAUGGUACUACAGGUGCUGGCGGUGCCAGAAAUCAACUGGCAGAUCUUGCAGCUGCCCUGGGAGAUGUUGAAGCUGGUAUUCUGGGGGUCGCGAGCCGGCUGGGUGGUGUGAAGGAGGAAGUACAGGAACUGGUUCUUGGGCCGCCGACUCUUGGAAUGGGUCGACUUGGAUAG